AUGCCGUCUGCUGCCGCCCGACGACUGUAUGAGGACCAGUUACCCUCAUUCAUGUCCAUAAUAAAUCCGGAAGCGGACAACUUCGACGACAGAGGGCUUGUGACCGUGGUAGAUUCCAAGUUGAUGGAGAUGGAGCCGACUUGCGGCGCACCCCAAUUGCCAAACAGUCAACACCUACCUUUACGACCAACGCCGACAGAUCUUCACCGUCACCAUGACAGCACUUCGACACAAAACUCAGAAUCUGCCGACUCGUCGCCAACAACGACGCUGAUCACAGACACAUCCUCGCUAUCAGACCCGUCACCGUCGUCCUCGCCAGACUCUCCUGUCAAUUUAGUACCACUUAACGCCUUCCCAGCCACCACCUUUGGUGGUCUGUCGUCCACCAUGAACACCCUCACGGUGAACGAACCCAGCACUCACCGCGAGAGACCCAUGACGUCGCCGUCCCCCAGGAGAGCACGAAACAUGAAAGGCUUGUCCAUACAACCACCGUUCAAUUCACUGUCUUCGACCUUGGUGUCAGAGCCGUCGUCUCCCUCGUUCAUCAAGCCCAAGAUUCCUGGUAUGAAGCGAAAGCCCAGUCAGCUGAGCCUCAAAACAGACUCCAAUGGAUUGAAUGGACUGAAUGGAGGUAUCAAUAUUCGCCCCACAACACUUGAGGUCCCAGCCUCGCCAGGGCUGCUGCCGCCUAUGCUCCAGCGAAGAGCUUUAAAGCACUCUACCUCCUCGCCGCACAUGCUCUCCGGACUCAAGUCAGCCACGUUUGGCCCAGCCGGUGGCAUGGGCUUCCCGACCCUCGGCGAUAGAGGCGAGUCUGGCCUGUCUCAGAUACUGCGGCCCUCUAACCAAGUUGGCCCAAGUGCUGGUAACCGAGCAUCCGUAAUCAUGGAAGAGGAUUCGUCUCCGAUCAAGCCCCAAGUUGCCAAUCGUGCCGCGAUAGACUUUGAGCCCUUCCAUGAUGAGAGCGAGAAGAACGAGGACCAGAAGUCGCCUGGAUACCCCGAUGGUCCCAUCGCCAUCUACGAGGACAAUGUCUACCUCUACCUGGAGCCGACUGCGGAGGAGGCGGCCAAAUUUGAUGUGGUCAUCAAUGUUGCGCGCGAAGUACUCAAUCCAUUCGACGCGUCAACCAAGGGCAAGGCCGAGAGUGAGCCGGAAGUCAUGAUCGAGUCACCCAUUCCGGACACUGCUGUCACCACCGACAGCUUUGCCACCGCCUUCGAAUUUCAAACGGACGAACGCAUGGAGACGCCCACUACACCGAAAGCCCCCGACGCUCUCCGCGAACCAGAGUAUAUCCACAUGCCCUGGGACCACAACACGGACAUUGCAACCGACUUGAUGAUGCUGUGUGAGAAGAUCGAGAAGCGCACAAAAGAGGGCAAAAAGGUCCUCGUUCACUGUCAACAGGGCGCCAGCCGAUCCGCGAGCUUAAUCAUCGCGUACGGUCUCUAUCAGAACCCUGGCCUGACGGUCAACGAUGCAUACUAUCGAGCGCAAUCCAAGAGCCGAUGGAUCAGCCCGAACAUGAGGCUUAUGUACUGCUUACAGGAUUUCCAAAAGGAGGUGGCUAAGAAGAGGCUGCCACGGUCCGCCGCUGGGCCUCGAAGUGGACGCAGCCCUACAAAGUACCAUCGACUGACCUUGUCAGCGGAUGCGAUCGACAUGAAGCCUAAGGAACCGUUGACGGCCCCGUUGCCCGAUGAGAAACCGGGCCCCGCAAUAAGGAGCUCAAGCCCUGGGGGCAGCCCAGUUCGUUCACGGGGAAAAUCAACAUCGAACCUAGAGGCGAUAUCUCCUGGCCCUUCCUCCGCUCCAUCCGCCUUUUCGUGGUCGUCCAAGGAGGACGAAAAAGACCGAGGCAAAUUCGGUCGAUUCGAUUUGGACAAGAUGCUAAACCCUCCCAACCCUCCUCCAGCUCCGGCGUUGGGUGGGUCUGAGUAUUCGUCUGAUGAACCGAAGCCUAUUCCAUCCCCUGAAUUUGGAGCCCGUCGUUUUGGUGGCGGCCCUCAGAGCGUGGGGUUCUCAAGCCUCAACAUCGGCCCUCGGGACUCCUUUGGGCCUCCAGCUGAGAAGCCCCACGAGGUGCCGGUCCAACGAGAAGCCGGGAUUGGUCGGGCGCCACUCGAAGAUGACACCUUGAUGUCGCCUAGAGCAGAGACAAUGACGAACAACCCGUUGCAUGACUCAUUUAGUGAGAUGGCAGGGAUGAAGUUCGUGGAGUCACCGCCUACCCCCGCCGAGAACUUGUUCUCUCCCAGACAAACCAUGUUCCCUAGGGACCCGUUCUACCCAUUCGGGCGGCCUGCUCAAGUUGCCGACCCAAGAAGUCCUCCAACCAAAGGCGAAACACCAAUCGUGCGAUCUAUCGAUGAACUGUUAUAG